CCAAAAAAAGGGGAGGGCCACUAUUAAAAGCCGAGGAUUUGGCAGAGAAAGCCAACUGUAAAGUCUCUUUGCUGUGAGGUGGAAAGCGCUCAGGAUGCCAGAGCCAGUCAAAAAACCAGUUUCAGCAUUCACCAAGAAACCCAAAACUCAGGAGGCAGAGGAGGGGUCGUCCGUGGUCUUUGAAGCAGAGACAGAGAAGGCCGACGCCAAAGUGCAAUGGCAGUGCAACUCAAAGGACAUAGCCAGUGGCAACAACUAUCUAAUCCUAGCUGAAGGAAACAAGCACUCGUUGACUAUUCAAACUGUGACCAAGGAAGAUGCCAGUGUGUAUGCAGUGAUUGCUGGUGGUUCCAAGGUCAAGUUUGAGUUGAAAGUAAUUUCAAAGCCAGACACUCCAGCUGAUACUCCUGCAGCCAAGCCUGAGGAGCCAAGCAUGAAGCCAGAGCAGGCCUCUGAUCCACAGGGGGGGGCUACCCCGCAGGGAGAAACCCCCACCCCAAAGGACACGCCUCCAGCUGAAGACGCUCCAGAUACCAGACAAGACUUGACAGGACUCUUCACAGAGAAACCUCAGAGUGGAGAGGUCACAGUAGGGGAGAACAUCACCUUUGUGGCAAAAGUGAAUGCCGAGUCGCUGCUGAAGAAACCCACCAUCAGAUGGUUCAAAGGAAAGUGGAUGGACCUCGCCACCAAAUGUGGAAAGCAUUUACAGCUAAAGGAGACGUAUGAUCGUAGCAGUAAGGUGUACACAUUUGAGAUGCAGAUAACGGCUGCCAAGGCUAACUUUGCAGGAGGGUACAGAUGUGAAGUUUCAUCCAAGGACAAGUUUGACAGCUGCAAUUUUGAACUGACCGUGCACGAGGCCAGAGCUCCGGGAGGGCUGGACAUAAGAACGGCUUUUAGACGCACGAGUGAAGGCGGUAAGAAGAGAAGUGGACCAGGAGCAAGUAGCACAGAUGGAAACGAUGACUCAGGAGAACUGGACUUCAGUGCCUUAUUGAAAAAGAGAGAAGCUGUACAGGUGCACUCAGAGCCCGACGUGGAUGUGUGGAGCAUUCUGAGUAAGGCUCCUCCUUCUGCAUUUGAAAAGAUUGCUUUCCAGUAUGGCAUAACUGACCUGAGAGGUAUGCUCAAGAGGCUGAAAAAGAUGAAGAAAGAUGAGAAGAAAAGUGAAGCUUUCCUAAAAAAGUUGGACCCGGCCUACCAGGUUUCAAAAGGCCAGAAAAUGAAACUUGCAGUCGAGGUUGCAGAUGAAAAUGUGGAGGUGAAGUGGCUGAAGAACGGGCAAGAAAUCCAAAAAUCUGGAAGCAAGUACAUAUUCGAGAGUGUCGGCAACAUGCGCUACCUCACCAUUAACCACUGCUCCUUGGCCGAUGAUGCAGCUUAUACCUGUGUGGUGGGAGAAGAAAAGUGCACCACUGAGCUUUUUGUUAAAGAGCCUCCUGUCAUGAUUGUGAAAAACCUGGAUGAUCAGAUGGUGAUGAAGGGCGAACGGGUGGAGUUGGAGUGUGAGGUUUCCGAGGAAGGAGCAAACGUAAAAUGGGAGAAAGAUGGAGUGGAACUGACGCGAGACGAGUCGUUCAAAUAUCGCUUUAAAAAAGAUGGCUGCAAGCAUGUGCUGAUCAUAAACGAAGCCACUAAGGAAGACUGCGGUCACUACAAGGUCAAAACAAACGGCGGCGAGUCGGUGGCUGAACUCCUGGUGCAGGAGAAAGAACUGGAGGUGUACCAAAGCAUUGCAGACCUCACCGUGAAGGCCAAGGACCAGGCGGUCUUCAAAUGUGAGGUGUCCGAUGAGAACGUGCGGGGAACGUGGUACAAGAACGGAGUGGAAGUCAAGCCCGAUCCUAGAAUCAAUAUAUCCCAUAUCGGCAGGAUCCACAAACUUACUAUAGAUGAGGUCAAACCAGAGGAUGAAGGAGACUAUACUUUUGUGCCAGACGGCUAUGCUUUCAACCUUUCAGCCAAGCUCAACUUCAUAGAGGUGAAGAUUGAUUUUGUUCCUCGUCAAGAUCCUCCUAAGAUCCAUCUUGACUGUUUGGGUCGCACAGCUGAGUCAACUAUUGUAGUUGUGGCAGGAAACAAGCUGCGCCUUGAUGUUCCCAUAACAGGAGAUCCUGCCCCCACUGUGAUCUGGACCAAAAGAGAAAAGGAUAGUUCUUUAAACGCUGAUGGAGAAGAAAAUGAAGGUUGUGCAGCCUCUUGGAGUCUAAAGGAUGGAGAGGUCAUCUCAGAGGGAGACGGAAGAGUCCGUGUGGAAACCACCACGGGCCACUGCGUCUUCACCAUUGAAGGAGCUGAAAGGCAGGACGAAGGCAUCUACUCCGUUGUGGUACGAAACCCUGCAGGAGAAGACACUGCUGACAUCAACGUGAAAGUUGUUGAUGUUCCAGAUCCUCCUCAAGCUCCCAAGAUUCUCAGCGUUGGGGAAGACUCCUGUGUUGUUCAGUGGGAGCCUCCCCAGUUUGAUGGUGGACAGCCAAUCACUGGUUAUGUAGUGGAGAGAAAGAAGCUGAAGAGUUAUAGAUGGAUGAGACUGAACUUUGAGCCUUUCCCGGAAACAACCUACGAGGCCAAGCGGAUGAUUGAAGGCGUGCCCUACGAGAUGCGAGUCUACGCUGUCAACAGUAUCGGCAUGUCUCGCCACAGUCCUGCCUCUCAACCAUUUGUGCCAGUUGCCCCCACAAGUGAACCUAUUGGGCUGUGUGUCGAGGACAUCAGCGACUCUUCCAUCUCUCUGAAAUGGCGGGCUCCUGAGAGGAUUGGCGCUGCUGAGCUCCAGGGUUAUGGGAUUGAGUACCGCAAGGAGGGCACUGAUGAAUGGAUACCAGCCUUCCAGGGUCUGACUGAAAGGACAUCAGCGACUAUCAGAGACCUGAACACCGGAGACAAACUGCAGUUCCGGGUGCGAGCUUUCAACAUGGCAGGACCCAGCGCUCCAGCCACUUUGGCUCAACCAGUCACCAUCAGAGAGAUUAUGCAGCGCCCUAAAAUUUGGCUCCCAAGAACUCUUCGGCAGACUAUCAUCAAAAAAGUUGGCGACGUGGUCAACAUCAUGAUCCCAUUUCAGGGGAAGCCCAGGCCAAAGGUUUCUUGGACUAAAGAUGGGGAGCCUCUCAGUCCCUCAUUUGCUAAUGUGAGGAACAGUGAAUUUGACACCAUCCUCUUCAUCCGUAAGACAGAGAGAAUCCACUCAGGGCAGUACGAUCUGAAGGUGGAGAUUGAGAAUGUGGAAGAUACGGCUAGAGUCACGCUGCAGAUUGUUGAUCUCCCAGGUCCUCCUGAGGCCCUGAAGAUUGUGGAUACCUGGGGUUUCAAUGUGGCGCUCGAGUGGAAACCACCAAAGGACAACGGUAACUGUGAAAUAAGUGGCUACAACAUCCAGAAAGCUGACAAGAAAACCAUGGAGUGGUACACGGUGCACGAACACUACAGGAGGACACACUGCGUUGUGUCUGACCUCAUCAUGGGAAACGAGUACAUCUUCAGGGUUUUCUCCAUCAACCUGGUGGGCUUGAGUCCAGAACCGUGCACCACAAAGGACAGCGUGUACAUCCAGAAAACAGGUAUCCUUUACAAGGCUCCAAACUAUAAGGAGCAUGACUUCUCAGAGCCGCCAAAGUUUACACAUCCUCUGGUGAACCGUUCUGUCAUAGCGGGAUACAGUACCACGCUCAGCUGUGCGGUGAGAGGAAUACCAAAGCCCAAGGUGACUUGGUACAAAAACAAAAUGGACAUUUCAAACGAAGCCAAGUACCGCAUGCUGAGCAAGCAGGGGGUCCUGACGCUGGAGAUCCGAAAGCCCUGUCCGUUUGAUGGAGGAGUGUACACGUGCAAGGCCGUCAAUGACUGCGGGGAGGACGUAGUGGAAUGCAAACUGGAAGUUCGACCUCAAAUAUCCAAGGAGGAAAAGAAAGAUGCCAACAAUUAAGGCUCUUGUCCCAUAGAUGAAGAGAAGACGGACUUGUCUCUGAUUUGUUGAUGGUUCCACAUCACCAGAUUUCGACAAAUAUAGCUUCAUAAACGAUAGCUGAUGUACAGAAGCCUGGACGAUGGAGAUUUCAAACUUUUAAGUUUUAGAAUCAUACGUGUUGGGGAAAAAAAAAAAGAAAAAGAUGGGAACUAAAUUGUGGUUUUAGAUAGUUGGCUAACACUUGUCAAUCAGCUUGUUUGGUGUGUAUAAAGAGUGCAUUGAAAACAAG